UCGAAUCGAAGAUGCCUCCUCAAGCCUCUGGUAAAGCUGUGAAAAAGGCCGGAAAGGCCCAAAAGGCUGUUCGUGCCGGUGAUAAGAAAAAACGCAAGAAGCGUAGGAAGGAAUCUUUCGCUAUUUACAUCUACAAAGUCUUGAAACAGGUCCAUCCUGAUACCGGUAUUUCCAGCAAAGCCAUGUCAAUCAUGAACUCUUUCGUGAAUGACAUUUUCGAACGUAUCGCAGCCGAAUCUUCCCGAUUAGCUCACUACAACAAAAGGAGCACAAUUACCAGUCGGGAAAUUCAAACAGCUGUGAGGCUUUUGUUGCCUGGCGAAUUGGCCAAGCACGCUGUUUCCGAAGGAACCAAAGCUGUCACCAAGUACACUAGCUCCAAUUAA